UCUGCUGGUGAAAAGCGUUGCGCUGCCUCUUGUAAGUAGAGUUGGGAGUAACAUCAGACUACGGUAGGACACGUACCCAAGAAGAGGCCUUCCAGGAUGAUUGUGAAAAAAGCAUUAAAAACAUCCCUGAUGUUUACUGAGUCCUCCAACAUGAAAUUAAGCGUGAACAAUCAAAAAGACGUCAAAACGUUUCAAAUCUUAAGGGCAAUUUUGAUACUUGGUCUUGUUGUCCUGAUGGCUUUCUACUUGAUGAGAGUGAACAGCACAGUUGAUCCUAAGGGAGAAGAAGCAGUUUUCAGAAUUUAUGGAGGGGAGGAGGAAGGAAUCUAUGGAGAUCUCCCAGGAACCACAAUAACUGAGGAGGACACCUAUAAAUCCAAUGAUUCCUGCAGGUUUGAACUUGUGGAAAACGUUCCUUAUGACUUAGCUUUUGAGAUAAACAGCACUGCAGCCAAACCCUUGUACCAAGCCUGGAUGAGGCUCCUUGAUAUGGCCCAGGAAAAAAUUCAUGUGGCUUCUUACUAUUGGUCUCUUACUGGGAAGGAUAUCAACGUCAAUGAUUCAUCUUCCAAGCAGGGCGAAGAUAUUCUGAAGAGGUUUGAGAGGUUACUUGCAGAGAAUGUCUCUGUGUAUGUUGCGGCAAGUAUGCCAACUUUGGCUACAAAUUCAACCGACCUCGAGCUUUUAGAGGAAAAAGGGGCUCAUGUAAAAAAGAUCGAUUUUGGACACUUGGCAGGAGGAGUGUUGCAUAGCAAAUUCUGGAUUGUAGACAUGAAACACAUAUAUAUCGGUAGUGCAAAUAUGGACUGGAGAUCUUUAUCUCAGGUGAAAGAGUUUGGUGCUGUGAUAUACAACUGCAGCUGCUUGGCCAAAGACCUCUGGAAAACAUUUAGUACUUACUGGGAUCUUGGACAUGCUAAUGCUACCGUCCCAUUCCCUUGGCCUCUUAAUUAUUCUACCUACAUUAACAAGCAUCAACCUCUGGAAGUAGAAUUCAGUGGAAUCUUGACAAGAGCCUAUUUUUCUGCUUCUCCUCCAGCAUUUUGUCCAGAAGGCCGCACACAGGACCUCUUUGCUAUAGUCAGUACUAUCGGUGAGGCACAGAAAUUCGUCUAUGUUUCUGUUAUGGAAUAUUUCCCUACCAGCCGUUUCACUCAUCCAGAAAGGUACUGGCCAGCCAUUGACAAUGCUCUGAGAUACGCAGCUUUCAACAACAGAGUACAAAUCCGGCUCCUGGUCAGCUGCUGGACCCACUCUGACCCAGCCAUGCUCUACUAUCUGAGGUCCCUGCGUGCUCUCAACAACCCACAUGCCCACAUCAGUGUUGACGUGAAACUCUUCAUUAUUCCCGUUCUGAAUCACACAAAUAUUCCUCAUGGGAGAGUGAAUCACAACAAAUACACGGUCACCGAUAAAGUAGCCUAUAUCGGGACUUCCAAUUGGUCAGAAGAUUACUUCAUUAACACAGCUGGUGUGGGACUAAUUAUCAAACAGAAUUCGACCAACCUGCAAAGAAGGCAAUUGCCUAUCCAGGAACAAUUAAAAAACCUUUUUGAGCGAGACUGGAAUUCCAAAUACGCAGUGAAUCUGGAAGAUGUGCAGGGACAGAAAGAUUGUAACUGGAAGGGCAGAGUCUGACCUGAACUGAAAUGCACCUUUUAAAUAGAAAGAAAAAUACAUUUGAACUUGUUCCCCAUGCAAAACAAGGAGCUUUCUUCAUCAUGCCUUUGUCAGAGAAAUCGCUUCCUCGUGGCAUCCACACUGUUUGAUGAACUUCCCACGGUUCACUCUACCUGCAACACCAUCAGUCAGUGUGCACUGUUUCCUUUUUUGUGUGAUUACCUCAUCCCAGAGUUAAUGAAAUGCGCACAGUGUUACAUGACAAGCUGUCUGAUAUUAAA